AUGUCUGGAACUGAUCAGUCUCACGCUACCGGUGGCUCCAAGGUCCCCGAGAGCAUUCAGCAGAACGCCCCCAAGGAGGUCGAGAAUGCCCUUCCCAACCAGGUGCACCCCACUGGCAACCAGUCUCAAUCUCACGCCACUGGUCCCUCUAUGGUUCCUGAGGCCAUCCAAAAUGUCGCUCCCAAGGGCCUCGAGGAGGCUCUCCCCGAGAGCAUCCACCCUACCAACCCCAAGUAA